AUGUCGACUGCAACUACCAUUAUCGCGCCAUCGACAACAGUCUCGGCUGUCCUUACCCACUUUUCUCCUCCUCAAGACGGCUCACUUCCGUAUACGUGUGUCAACGAAUCUGCAGAUAGACCUCGUCAGAACUGGGUCCCUCAAGAACACAACGUGGACAUAGAGGAUGUUCGUACAAACGGUACGGAGAAAGAUUAUACACUAGACAAGAACGGGUUCCAAUUCUAUAGGGAGGCUGCGAAGCAUACCUCGUUCUUGACCGACGAGGAGGUAGAGAAAGAGUACUAUCCGGAGAGCAUCGAACUGAUCAAGAAAUUGACCGGUGCAAGAAAGGUCGUCUUGUUUGACCAUACUAUUCGACGUCGCCGCCCUGGUGAACUCGACACCGAUGUGACGAAACGGCAACCCGUAGCUCUAGUCCAUGUCGACCAGACUCCGGAAUCUGCAGCGAAUCGUGUCAGGCGCCAUUUACCAGCAGACGAAGCUGAAGAAAUCCUUCGGAGUAAAUCUCGUUUCCAAAUCCUCAACCUCUGGCGACCAAUUGCUAAUCCUGCCCUGGAUUGGCCCCUCGCACUCUGUGAUUACAGCACCGUCGACAAGAAGAAGGAUUUGGUGCCCGUUGCUCUAAUAUACCCUGACAGGGAAGGUCAGACUUUCGGUGUCAGAUUCAGUGAGAACUAUCGAUGGAAGUAUGCCAAGGGUAUGACGCCUGAGGACGUUGUGUUGAUCAAGUGCUAUGAUUCGAUUGAGGAUGGAAGUGUUGCUCAGUUCACACCCCAUACCGCAUUCCAGGACCCGACCACGCCUGAGGGGGCUCCUCUCAGACAGUCCAUCGAACUUCGUGCGCUUGUAUUUUACUAG